UGACCCCGUGGUGACCUCGGGUCAUGACGUCCAGGUUCCCUUCCUGUUCUGGAUGGCCGGCUGUUGUGUCCAGCAGCACAGCAAACUGCCGGCCGGUACUGAGCCAGCCAGUCGGACAUCGGGGGAAGCUGUCUAUGGGAGCUCCGACGAGUCACAGAUCUCGUCCCAGACGAAUAUCUCGGCGUUCGCCGUCUACCUGAGGAACGCCCCCCUGAGUCACGUGAUCGCCGCACCAGUCCUACAGCUGGAGAUUCUCCUCCAGGACAGCUACAAGACCAAGCCCACUGACCCGGAUGUAGAACUAUUUCCGGGCCACGAGAGCGCAUGCGGGGAUUUGAAAAACGAUGGCUCCAAGUGGUUUAUGUGAAGGGGGGACACAACUUUUGGAUCCAAGGGAAGGGCGGCCACGGAUGACAAUUAUACUUGUCCUUGUGUCCACAGUUUGGAGUUUGCUGGUUGUUAUAUUUAACAAAACACGUAUCGCUGUGAUUUCUGAAUUAUGUAUGUAUUAUGUGUCACGACGUGGUGGAAUCAGGCGCUCGUCAGAUUUUGAGCAUAUUGAGUUAUUGGUAUCAUCUUAAAGCUUGUUCUUUUUUCUUGCUUUUGAGGAGGAAAAAAGCCCACUUAUCUUAAUUUGAAGUCGAGCGAGGCAUUUGUUAUUAAGAGAGCUAACAGCCACCUGGUGGCAGAAGUAAGAGUGGCCAGAAAAUGGCUACCAAAGUUUGGUGACUUCAAAAGCUUGAGAGUCCUUGUAAACAGUAAAUCUACAUUUAAGAUCCACACAGGAAUGUGUUUUUGAAUUAACAUAAAGGGUGUUGAGUUUAAAUUUCUUUGUUUAUUGUUGUUUUGUUUUUGUAGAUUUGGGGGGA